AUGGCGAGGGCGGGGAAAUAUGCGGCGAAUAAAAGCCUCGAGACUCUCCUAGACAUGGACAAAACUGCCGCAGCUGGAAAGAAUAUCGGCGUGCCACCUGUGCCGGCGAGGAAGAUGAUUCCCGGUCAGGGGUUUGAGUUCAGUAACUUGUCCUACAGUGUCACCAAGAAGCAAAAGAAAGAUGGUGAAUGGGUGAAGAAAGAUGUUUAUCUUCUGAAUGAUAUAUCGGGCCAGGCCGUGAGGGGCGAAAUCAUGGCCAUCAUGGGGCCUAGUGGUGCUGGGAAAUCCACGUUUCUCGAUGCCCUUGCUGGUCGGAUUGCUCGUGGGAGUCUCGAAGGGUCUGUUCGAAUCAAUGGAAAGCCGGUGACUACGAGCUACAUGAAAAUGAUUUCGUCAUAUGUAAUGCAAGAUGACCAGUUGUUCUCCAUGUUGACGGUUCAAGAAACCUUCAUGUUUGCAGCAGAAGUAAGGCUGCCUCCCUCAAUUUCCAUGGAGGAAAAGAAAAAUCGAGUCGAUGAGUUGCUUAAACAGCUCGGCUUAGAGACUGCGGCACAUACGUAUAUUGGGGAUGAAGGAAGGAGAGGGGUUUCCGGAGGAGAGAGGCGAAGGGUGUCAAUCGGCAUUGACAUCAUUCAUAAGCCAUCUCUGUUGUUCCUUGAUGAACCGACGUCGGGUCUCGACUCGACGAGCGCUUACAGUGUGGUGGAGAAGGUGAAGGACAUAGCUCGUGGUGGUAGCAUCGUCCUCAUGACCAUUCAUCAACCUUCCUACAGAAUUCAGUUGCUCUUGGACCGUAUAACAGUCUUAGCAAGGGGUAGACUAAUAUAUACGGGAAGCCCGAGCACUCUGCCGGCUCACCUUUCUGGGUUCGGAAGGCCGGUUCCCGAUGGCGAGAACAGCCUUGAAUAUCUCCUUGAUGUUAUCAAGGAGUACGAUGAAUCGACUGUAGGACUCGACCCUCUUGUGUUAUACCAACGUGAUGGUAUCAAGCCUGAUCAAGCUGCGAGGACUCCGGUUCCGAGAACUCCGAGAAUACCAAAGAACUCUUUCGUGAAAACACCUGUUUCGAGGCAUGCUAUUAGCCUUCAUAGCCAUGCUUUCUCUACUGCCAAUGGAGCUUCUCGAUCAGAAUCGGGCCGAUUUGAUUACAACGAUGAAGACGAAGAUGACGAUGAAGACUUCGACUACUCUCUGGAGCGUAAAUCGUCCCGGUUCCCGGCCCAGACUCCAUUGAGUAUGCAGAGUAGUGCAUAUCAGCCACGCUUGGCCUCUCAGUUCUACAAAGAUUUCUCUGUCUGGGUGUACCGCGGUGUCACCGGAACACCUCGCCGUGCACCAUCCUGGACUCCAGCUCAAACUCCCGGUCAAACGCCUAGUUCUGGUGCAAGGAGUUUUCUUUCAGGCCGACAUCAAAUGGCUCAACAAAAUCGAACACCUCCUUCUCACCACAAGACCCCGGUUGUUUUUAGCCCAUCGAUAGACCAGUAUGCACCUUCAUACGAGUUCGACAUGGAAGAAGUGCUGGAUGAGCCAGAUCAUGGACCCAAGUUCGCCAACCCAUGGCUCAGAGAGGUUGCAAUCCUGUCGUGGCGCACCCUUCUCAUCGUGGCCCGAACCCCGGAACUUUUCCUUUCACGAGAGAUAGUAUUGACAAUCAUGGCAAUCAUCUUAUCCUCACUCUUCCGAAACUUGAGCCACUAUGAUUUCAAAACAAUCAACAGGCUUCUCAAUUUCUACAUCUUCGCAAUAUGCUUGGUGUUCUUCUCCUCCAACGACGCCGUCCCGACGUUCAUACAAGAAAGGUUCAUCUUCAUCAGAGAAACCUCCCACAACGCGUAUCGAGCUUCAUCCUAUGUCAUAUCCUCCCUCAUCGUCUACCUCCCGUUUUUCGCCAUCCAAGGCUUUACAUUCGCUGCAAUCACCAACUGGCUUCACCUCAACAGCAGCCUCUUAAACUUCUGGCUUAUCCUUUACGCAUCUCUGAUAACAACCAACGCUUACGUGAUGCUCGUGAGCGCACUCGUCCCGAGUUACAUCACCGGCUACGCCGUCGUGAUCGCCACCACGGCUCUCUUCUUCCUCACAUGUGGAUUCUUCCUCAAAGGGAACAAGAUACCCAUCUAUUGGAGGUGGCUCCACUACAUAUCGGCAAUCAAAUACCCGUUCGAGGCCUUGCUGGUGAAUGAGUUCAAAGACCAGGAAAUCUGCUACACGGGAGACCCGGCCGAUCUUUCUCCGGGACCUUUAGGGCAGCUGACGAUCAGUGACUUCCAUAUCCAACACAAUGAUACCCUGCAAUGCACAAUGAUCGGAGAGGAUGUUAUAUCAUCCAUGGGAAUUAACUUGGAGAACCUUUGGUAUGAUAUUCUUAUCUUGCUUGCAUGGGGAGUUCUCUACCGCCUGUUUUUCUACGUGGUUCUCAGAUUUUACUCCAAAAACGAGAGAUAUUCUUUUGGGAUGCAGUUGUCUUUCUCAAACAAGGCACCUACCCUUCCUCAGUUCCUAUCUUUCAAAGCUGCUCAAGAAGAUAGGCCGAGGAAGGCUGCUUAUGAACCUCCGCCGUCGACCGGAUUUAUGGCUAUACAGACUGCCGAUUCGUAUGGCGCUGCGAGGAUAUUUCAAGUCUCCAGCCAGCCAAAUCAAACUAUUACAGUUCCUAUGAGCACUCCUCUUCUCCAGCCCCGUCUUGCUUCAAUCGGACAGAAUAUAGUUGGUCAAACUGUAAAGCUGCAACCUUUUGCGGGAGUUCCAAUCAAGGCUCCCCCUGUAUCUGUUGUUCCUCCAUCCAGUUCUGUUAUCGUUACUACUGAAAUUAGGACUGCUGCAAAAUCUUCCGCGGCACCAUCUCAAUUGACUAUCUUUUAUGCUGGAUCCGUGUGCGUUUACGAUGACGUGCCUCCUGAGAAGGCUCAAGCUAUUAUGUUAUUGGCUGGAAACGGUUCUUCCGCUGCUCAGAGUAAAACCGCUCCCAUGACUCAAGCGCUAACACAUGUUUCACGACCGUGUACCGCCGAUGCUUUUUCCGGAAAUAGUUCCCGCACCGUGUCGCCUUUCUCGGGUCCUCCGAGUCAUCUUUCUGUGACCUCUCAUGUCAAUUUAAACCCCGGUGGACGAUCAAGCAGCACCAAUGACCUAACAGCAGCCCCAAGAGCAGGUGUGUUAGCAUCUACUAGUAACCAACCUCAGCCUCCCAAAUCAGUUAAUUCAGUAGGAUCUGGUGUGACAACUCGAAUUCCCACAGUAGCAGUGCCACAAGCUCGAAAAGCUUCAUUAGCUCGGUUUUUAGAGAAGCGUAAAGAAAGAGCAUCAAACACCGCGCCGUACAGUAUCAGCCAGAAAUCUACUGGUUCCAGUCGUCUUGGGUCUGAUGGGAUAAGUUUUUCUUCUGCUGGUUCAAGUCCUAUGCAACCCAUCAAUUAA